AUGACCGCCAGUUCAUUGCCCCUGAACGGUGCCAACCAAAUGCCAAUGAAAGAAGACGUCCUUAGGCGCAGGAAUAUCAAUGGCUCACCUGGACCCGAGACAAUUGGAAAUGGCCAAGCCAGCCCGUCAAGUUCAUUAAGCUCAACAAACCCAAUCUCGAGCCCUAAAAAGCCGUUUUCUCUCCGUCGCUGUAAGCGCUUCGCGGGUAAGCGCACCUGGACGAUUCCACUGGCUCUCGUGCUCGCCUGCCUCUCACUAUACGCACUCAACCCGACCGAGUCAAACCCAAUCUCUCAUUUUAUAUUCCUCUCUUACAGAGUGGAAUCCCUGAAUGGCGACCCAAGUACCCCCACGCAGUAUGGCAAGGGGCUGUGGGAUAUAGCAUUCGUGUCAUUCUACGUACUCGUGCUAUCCUUCACGCGCGAAUUCAUUAUGCAAGAAAUUCUGCGCCCCCUAGCAGCCUCGCACAUCAAGUCCAGAGCAAAGCAGGCCCGUUUCAUGGAGCAGGCGUAUACUAUGCUGUAUUUUGGUGUGCUCGGCCCCGCAGGGUUGUAUGUCAUGCGCCAGACACCGGUCUGGUACUUCAACACGCGUGGCAUGUACGAACUCUUCCCGCAUAGGACCCAUGCGGCCGAGUUCAAGUUUUACUACCUGUUCGAAGCGGCUUACUGGGCGCAGCAGGCUGUUGUUAUGCUGUUGGGGAUGGAGAAGCGGCGAAAGGAUUUUAUGGAGCUUGUUGCGCAUCAUAUCGUGACACUGGCUCUUAUUGCGCUCAGCUAUCGCUUUCACUUUACGUAUAUGGGUAUUGCUGUUUAUAUCACACAUGAUAUUAGUGAUUUCUUCCUUGCUGUUUCAAAAUCUCUCCAUUACAUCGCGCCGGACAUAAUGAUUCCCUUUUAUGCAACCUCGAUCGGCGCCUGGAUAUAUCUCCGCCACGUACUGAAUCUUCGAAUUCUUUAUUCCCUUCUAACCGAGUUCCGAACCGUCGGGCCCUACGAGCUCAACUGGGAGACUCAACAGUACAAGUGCUGGAUCUCCAACGUCAUCACCUUCGGACUUCUGGCUGUACUCCAAGCUCUGAAUCUCUUCUGGCUGUACUGUCUGUUGCGCAGCGCUUUCAAGUUUCUCGCAACGGGUGAGAAAAAGGAUGACCGCUCUGAAACGGAUGAGGCUGAAAUUGGGCAAGAUGAAUUCGAGGUUGCUGGGGGCAUUAAUGGCCAUGCUUCGCAGAACGGUAGUGCAUCGCCCAGUGGCAAGUUCCAGCAUGCCACAGAUAGCGCUGGUAUCGCUGUCAAGACUCACGGGGCUCGCUGA